AUGGAUUUUACAAACACUGCCAUGGUGAAAAUUGGUACCACAAACGAAAAAGCACUAGAUAAGUUGACAAACGAACUAACAAAGGAACAAAUGUAUAGCGAAGGAUGGAUGAAUAAAAGAAACCGUUUGGCAGAUUAUGUAACAAACUUCCUCAAUUUUUAUUCAGGCAAUAAUCCGACGGUACUCACAAGGCAGGAAGAAAAUAUUGUGGAUAAAACAGGGGAUUUGAACUAUGUCCUAGAAAGUAUAGACAAAAGAACAAACUUGUCAGGAAUGGCAAGUCGUCAUAUCACAGACGAAGAGAGAGAAGACUAUUUAGCUCAUGUAAAUAGAAAGAAUAUGUCUCUCAUGGACUAUGUUAACAUAAGAAUAAGACAAGCAGCAAAGAAGCUAAAUUUACGCCAUGUUCUCAUAGACUAUGUACCUGACGAUGAUUUCUAUGCUUAUGACCAGCAUGAAAAUAAGAGAAGAAACCUAAAGCAAGCAGACAUAGUUGAAGACCCAGCUGUGGACCGGUUUUUAGAUAUUAUUCCAGAGGCAACAACAAUUAUUGGUGGAAUUAUGAGAAAAAGAAAGAGAUAUGGAUAUUCAGAAAAUGAAAUCAUGACGGAUUUCCUUGGCAAUAAUUAUGAGAUUUCUUACGUUAAACAAAUGAUAGCAAAAAUGAGGAAAGAGCUUUCACCGAAAGAAUUUAACGAUUUCUUUAGAGAUAUAAACUUGGACAUAACAUAUUCUGGGAAAAGUUACACCGAUGAGGAACUUAAACUAAUGUUGCAACCGAUGGGAAACCCAGAUUUUGUAACUUUUUAUGCUCCACGGAUUGUGAACCAAUUGAGAGACGCCUUAGAAGAAUUGAGACCAAACCAAAGCAUAGAUAGAACUCUAGAGGAAUAUCGCGACAAAUAUUAUAAGAUAGCGGCUCAGCAAGGCAAAUACACAUAUCAACAACAAGAAGAAUUUGAAAGAAGACAAGAGCGAGAGAACAAACAAUGGGAGAGAGAGUCAGAACGAGCAUGGAAGCAUGAAGGUAGAAAACAAAUGCAAGAAGCCAGAGAAAGAAGAGACCGAUUGAAGUCUCAAAUGGCAGAUGAAAAGCUUUUAGAAAAAUAUCGUAUGCAAGAGUUUAGAAGCGAACAACAAGCAGCAAAAAUGUAUAAGAAAGGAUAUGUAGUUGGUCCAGAUGGAAGAUGGGUGAAAAGAUAA